GCGUGUGACUUGACGCGCCUCUCUUGCAUUGGGAGGGUGAAGCCGCAUAAAAGCGUUCCCAUAAUGCGGGCGUGAAGCGCUCCAUGUAGAGAGGGGAACCAGGAGGAGGACCAAGGAGGGUUUACACCGGCUUCACACCGAGCCUGACAGUCAUCAGGCCCCGGGGGCAGAGAAGCAGAGGGAUUAAAAAAGAAAAAACAAAAACAUGUCGAACCGAAAGCACCGGGACAACCAGGAGAUCUGCGCCCGCAAGGUCCGCGAGCUGGCCCAGUCUGGAGUAAACAAACACUGCUUCGAGUGCAACCAGCCCGGGGUGACUUACACCGACAUCACGGUGGGCAGCUUCGUCUGCACGUCGUGCUCCGGAAUGCUGAGAGGCCUCAACCCUCCUCAUAGAGUCAAGUCCAUCUCCAUGACAACCUUCUCCCAACAGGAAGUUGAAUUCCUUCAAAAUCAUGGCAACGAGGUCGGGCGAAGGACAUGGCUGUGCGUGUUUGACCCAAAGACGGACGGCUGCUCCGACAUGAAGGAUUCUCAAAAGUUCAAAGAGUUCCUUCAGGACAAAUAUGAGAAGAAAAAGUGGCAUUUUUCAAAAAGUAAAAACCGGAGGGAUGUUGAGGGUCCUUGGAGCCCAGGGGUCCAGGCUGUACCUCCUUCACAUGGUCCCUUAGGAAACCAGCCCCCCCCUCAUAAUAUGCCCCCCAACGCCAGGUCUGCAAGACCACUGUCUCAGUCCCAGAUGCCAUCGUGGGACCGCGCUCCUGCAAUUUCACCCGCCGACAUGCGGACGGACGUGUUCACGGCUCGGCCGUCACGCUCUCAAAGCUUCAGAGACCCCCCGCUGAAAGAUCCCACCCUGUGUGGGAUAGAAAGACAGCGGCCAGGCUCUCUUACGUCGGGCUUAGGAGCUCAAAGCCACACACCCUCCUUUCCUGCUCUCCCAAGGCCCUCAGCCAGUAGCUCUUUCAAAAACCACUUCACUUUAGGUCGUACAGUAUCUGCCUCAGGGUCCACGGGGCCCUUCAGGGCUUUCCCCAAGUCUCUCAGUGUCGACUUCGGAGGUCUGAGCCACCCUCAGACGCAGUCCCUGCCUCAGUCUCUGUCCCAGCAGCAGACGCAGACGCAGCAGCAGCCUGGGGGUGUCGGCCAGACGACGCAGCUCGGCGGCUCCCACCCGGGGGACAGAUACGCUGCAGUGUCACAUCUGGACAGCGUCUUCUCCGAGCCACCAGUAGUCGCAGCUCCCCCUGCUGGCCCUCCGCAGUACAGCACCCUCUUCGGAAACAGACUCUCCUCCAGCUCCACCCCUGCCAGCUCCCCUGGUGUCGAUACGGUCUCCAGCUCCCAAACCUUUGCGAAUUUCCCAAACCCAUUCAGCUCCAGCUCAGGCUCGGCCUCCCAGCAGCCCCCUGCCCUCUCCCCCAGUAACCCUUUCAGCAACGCCUCAGGAGGUGACUCCAGUGCGUUUGUCACAUCGCCCACCUCUGUGUUUCCUCCGUCCGCCCCCUUCCCGGCUCCAACCUCCCAGAAUGCAUUUCCUCAUGAGUCAGCUGUCAACCAGGAAGCCAAUGGUUUUGCCUCCUUUCCUGCGCCCGACUCCCAGCCCAAAGUCCCUCGACCAAUGUCGGUGAACCCGUUUACGGGGAAUGUUUACCCCAGCCGAGGGACGUCGCGAAACCCUUUCAUCUGAUCCCCCUCCUCUCCUUACUGCCCAUCCAUCUCUGGGAAACCGAGGGAGGAGUGAACUUGAGGAGUCGCUGCCAUUUCAAUGCCUUCGAAGUAUUUCACCCCCCUCCUCUCCUCUCUCCUCCCUCUCUUACUCUCUCUCUCUCUCUGCCCCUCUCUCUGUCUGUGUUUACGUGUUUGUAGAGGAAAAAAAAUUGUGUGAAUGUAAUUAUGAAGUUUAUGUAUGUACGUGUGAGCGUGUUCCCCCCUGCUGUGUCAAAAAAAGGUGUUUGUGUGCCAGUAGACGCCACCUCAGGGCUCUGUGGGAGUCACGAGUAAAAAGACGCCUCUAUGAUUUUUGCAGAAACACACAUGUUGCUGCUGCUGCUACUACUUUGCUUUCAUCUCCUGCUUAAAAAGUGCAUAAAAACCAGUUGCUGGUAAAUUCAUCCGUUUAUCGUCCAAAGGAAAAGAGACUUUUCACUUUCCAUCACAAGUUUCCACAGAUGGUUCAAACAGCCUUAAACGCCUCCUGAUGCAUGAGACUGAGAGAUAACGUGGGUUUCUCUCUGUAGUGGGUAUGUGGAAAAUGUUUGGUUUUGUCACCGUUUCUUUGUUUCCUCUUUGCAGGAGGAUUUGUGUUUUCCACUCCAAGGCUGCAUGCGCUUAGAGGGCUAAAAGGAGAUGCUACUGAAUGUAAAAGCAAUUUCAGAAUAACUCAAAAUAUGUAUAAAAAAAACAUCAUCGCUUCAUGUACUGGACCAAAAUGUUUCUUGCUUUUUUUCCUCUUUUUUUUUGGGUUGGGGGGUAUUUGCUCGACACGAAGGCAAAGUUCGUUCCUUUUAUUUUGCCAAAUCAAAAAAAGAGAAGAGAGUCAUGUAACAGCGUCUUUGUUAACAACAAGUAUUCAUGUUCAUAAAAUCAGUUUGUUGCUUCUUA